AAGACUACUAAACCUACAGAUAACACACGGACCAAGCAUGAGUUUAGACGGGAAAAAACGGCAAGUGAAUGAGUUGAAGAGGGAGCUCCAGCGCCGCGGCCUUGAUAUGAAAGGCCAGAGGGGAGACCUGAUAAAGAGGCUGAACGCUGCUCUGGAGGCUGAAGCUGAGGCGGAUACCUCAGAGCAAAGUGGGCAGGAGGAAUAUGGCGAUGAAACCCAAGAGGAAGAGGAUGUUCAAGAACAGCAAGAUCAAGACCUCGGAGGUGGUGGUGGUGAUGAUGAUGAUGAUGAUGAUUCGGAUGAUGGCGGUGAUAACACUCAACAGGAAGAUGAUGGAAGUGAUUCUGGCAGCUACUAUGAGGAAGAGGAAUCUGGAGCAGAAACCGAGCAGUUCGAAAGUCAACAAACCUCAGACCCCGGUCAUGAUGAUGUGCAAAGAUUGAGCGUGAUGUCUGAGGAGGGGAGCAAGCCAGAGGCGACGUUUGAGGGAAACACAAAUGACAUUAAAACCGAAAUUAUAACAGAAGAUGAGACUGGGCCCGUUGAAGACAGACAGCAAGAGGCUCAGGGGUCAGAACAGCAGGGCCAGGCUGAAAUCAAAGUGGAAGACAGCAAAGCUCGGAGUUGCAGGGGUAUGCUCCCCACUACCCCUACAGAAGAAAGUAUGCCCACAGGUCUCUAUUUUCAUCCUUUCACUGUUUCAGAUGGACGCCUCUCCACCAUGAUGCGAAAGACCAUCACAGCUGCUGAAAACCGCUCCAAUAUCCGAAGAGAGAGACAACCUGUUCCUCAAGCAAACAUUUUUUCUCAAUAUAAAUCGGCUGUUUAUUUCGGGGACUUUUCUCUGAAGGAUGAACAAGACGCUGCGAGCAGGCGCUUACCUCAGCACAGACGAACCCCGCUCCAUCCUGCGGCUCUACAGAGACCGCAACAACCCACGGUUCCACACCCGCCCCGAAGCAUCCAGGGAGGGAGCGUGGGUCCUGGGCCCCUCACAUCCCUAACCAACCUGAGGGGCGGCUCUCCUGCUCCCCUUGCGGCUAACCAUCCAGGCGGUCCGACUCCCAAUCAUUCUUCCCCUCUCCUUACAUCCGAUCCUUCAUCAACCGUCCGUUCAACUCUACAGCACCCCGGCUCUCGGCCCGUCAGCCAACCAGCUCUCUCACCUCAUCAGCAGAUAUCCGAGCAGGGCGUCCUCUCUCACCAGCCACUGACAGCCAACUAUCAGGCUGUUCAAAUCUGCCAGUCUCCGGAGCGAGGGGUCCAACACAGCGUGGAACCGGACGUGACGGAAGCUGUUGUCCAGGAUGAAAUUAUAGUGGAAGCAAGAAGUGGUGGAGAAAAUCAACAAAACAAAAAUACUGCGAGUAUAGAGAGAGUGGACAGAUCAAUUCCAAUUGAAAGAUCUGACCCGUCAACUUUUAAAACUCAAAGAGAGACCAUCACAGCUGCUGAAAACCGCUCCGAUAUCCGAAGAGAGAGACAACCUGUUCCUCAAGCAAACAUUUUUUCUCAAUAUAAAUCGGCUGUUUGCUUUGGGGACUUUUCUCUGAAGGAUGAACAAGACGCUGCGAGCAGGCGCUUACCUCAGCACAGACGAACCCCGCUCCAUCCCGCGGCUCUACAGAGACCGCAACAACCCACGGUUCCACAUCCGCCCCGAAGCAUCCAGGGAGGGAGCGUGGGUCCUGGGCCCCAGACUCCAAAUCAUCCUUCCCCCCUCACAUCCCUAACCAACCUGAGGGGCGGCUCUCCUGCUCCCCUUGCGGCUAACCAUCCAGGCGGUCCGACUCCCAAUCAUGUUUCCCCUCUCCUUACAUCCGAUCCUUCAUCAACCGUCCGUUCAACUCUACAGCCCCCCGGCUCUCGGCCCGUCAGCCAACCAGCUCUCUCACCUCAUCAGCAGAGAUCCGAGCAGGGCGUCCUCUCUCACCAGCCACUGACAGCCAACUAUCAGGCUGUUCAAAUCCACCAGUCUGCGGAGCUCACAUACAUUAAAACCGAAGAUGAGUAUUGGCCCGUUGAAGACAGACAGCAAGAGGCUCAGGGGACAGAACAGCAGGGCCAGGCUGAAAUCAAAGUGGAAGACCGCAAAGGUGGGAAUAGCCGAAAGAGACCACAUGAGGAGAACAGAAGCUAUGGCUACUAUGAGCACCGUGAAGAGAAGAAAUCUCGUACACCACAACCUCCGGCUGAAGAUGAAGAAAAUGUAGACGACUCCAUAGUAACGACUGAUACAUACAUUAAAACCGAAGAUGAGUAUUGGCCCAUUGAAGACAGACAGCAAGAGGCUCAGGGGACAGAACAGCAGGGCCAGGCUGAAAUCAAAGUGGAAGACCGCAAAGAUUCCAAUCUCAAUGAUUUUCAUCUGUCAGACCUUGAUUUGGAGACCAUCACAGCUGCUGAAAACCGCUCCGAUAUCCGAAGAGAGAGACAACCUGUUCCUCAAGCAAACAUUUUUUCUCAAUAUAAAUCGGCUGUUUGUUUUGGGGACUUUUCUCUGAAGGAUGAACAAGACGCUGCGAGCAGGCGCUUACCUCAGCACAGACGAACCCCGCUCCAUCCCGCGGCUCUACAGAGACCGCAACAACCCACGGUUCCACAUCCGCCCCGAAGCAUCCAGGGAGGGAGCGGGGGUCCUGGGCCCUGGACUCCAAAUCAUCCCUCCCCCCUCACAUCCCUAACCAACCUGAGGGGCGGCUCUCCUGCUCCCCUUGCGGCUAACCAUCCAGGCGGUCCGACUCCCAAUCAUGUUUCCCCUCUCCUUACAUCCGAUCCUUCAUCAACCGUCCGUUCAACUCUACAGACCCCCGGCUCUCGGCCCGUCAGCCAACCAGCUCUCUCACCUCAUCAGCAGAGAUCCGAGCAGGGCGUCCUCUCUCACCAGCCACUGACAGCCAACUAUCAGGCUGUUCAAAUCCGCCAGUCUCCGGAGCGAGGGGUCCAACACAGCGCGGAACCGGACGUGACGGAAGCUGUUGUCCAGGAUGAAAUUAUAGUGGAAGCAAGAAGUGGUGGAGAAAAUCAACAAAACAAAAAUACUGCGAGUAUAGAGAGAGCGGACAGAUCAAUCCCAAUUGAAAGAUCUGACCCGUCAACUUUUAAAACUCAAAGAGACACACCCCCUCUUGCUCUAAGGAACAGACUAAGAGCCCAGCCUCCUAUGAGACGGAGAAAUAAAAUAGGAAAUCGAAGGAGACGGUGCAGAAACCCCAGAAACAUUUUAUUGGGCCUAAAUCGAAGGGAAGGCAUCGCUUCUGCACCUCCCAACAGAGAAGAUGAUAGCAGGCGCCUGGCUUUUCACACAUUGGCGGCUGUCUCCGAGUUUCUGUCUUCACCCUACAAUCAAGACCAAGACCCCCGAUAUCGUUUAUCUACUUUGGUGAACACAUUUUUAAUAUGUAGGGACUUUUUUGGAUGAAAAAAAGAGUAGUGAAUAAACAUGUCUGACCCCCCUUUAUCUCGGUCGAACACAUCCCCGAAUGUUUCUCAUUCAAGCGAAAAUCAAAAUGCAGCACAACCAGACACUUU